AUGUCAGCAAGUGCGGUUUACGUGUUAGACCUCAAAGGCAAGGUAAGAGGACAGGACAUAUCUGGGUUAGCUAACGUUAGCUAGCAAUCUAAAUAAAAUAUGUUUCACAUAAAAAAAUGUCGCUACUAAUGCAUCGCACAAUUUGAUGAAGAAAUUACAAGAUAAAGCUAGCUACUUUACGUUCUAAGAAAAAUAUAGAGUAUUGAAUUUGAGAGCUUGAUGUUGACACGGGAAAGUAGUGAUGGGAAACCGAGGCUUUCUGAAGCCUUAGGGGCUUUCACCAAAUUGUGCCGAAAAAAGGUUCAUUACUCGGAGUUUUGAACACAAUUGACAUUAGUGAUGAUCGUCGGUGCCAGGCGCGCCGGUUCGAGUAUGAAAAAAAAAAGUAUUAAAAUGUAUGCACUCACUACUGUAAAUCGCUCUGGAUGAGAGCGUCUGCUAAAUGUCUAAAAUGUAAAUUAUAUCUGUUGGUCAGCAAUGAAAAGUAGCGUGUGAUGUUUUAUAUAUACGUUUUUUCCACACUAUUCAUCAAAUUUCAAUGGCGCAGCGGUUAGUCGCUAGUCUUCGUAGUAGGCAGUGACCAUUGCAUUGCAGAUUAGCAAUUUAUAUCAUGCUUCCCUUUUUUUGCUGUCAGAAACGGAAUCUAUGGCAUUAUGUAAGAUCCUUAAGACAGAAGCUUAUACUUUACUCACUAAAACUAAAUGUUUAAAGCUGCAAUAUGUUGGUUUUUGGAAGACCAACCAAAUUCGCAUAGAAAAGUCUUAUAGAUCUGUCAUUCUCAUUGAAAGCAAGUAAGACGAGGUAGAUCUGUUCUAUGUGUGCUAUUUCUAUGCUCCCCAGUCUUAAGUUUCGUUUAUGCUUUUUUUUUAACUUUCGGUUUUGUACCCCAGCUUCAAACAGCUGAAAAUACAAUAUUUUUGAUUAUGGAAAAUAUAUUUCACAGCGGUUUAGAUGGUAAAAUAUAUGGAAAAUGUAUGCACUCACUAACUGUAAGUCGCUCUGGAUAAGAGCGUCUGCUAAAUGACUAAAAUGUACAAUGAUUCUCUACACUAUACUUGCCUGUUUUGUCACAAAAACUAAAAUUAGGUGACCUAUUAGAAUUUUUACAACCAGGAAGUAGCGGAGCAAUUUCUGCAUUGGGCAUUUUUAAGUAACAAUGUGCAGAAACUGUGGUGUCACAUAAAACGAUUCAAAAAAUAAUAUGCCUUCGCCCCCAUUCCCUGUCAUCUGAGUGUUCUGGUCCCCGAGACCCUGUGACUCUACCUGCUGAGCUAUCGUUCAGCUGACGCUACAUGAAAAAAUCCUAACUAUAUACAGUACCAGUCAAAACUUUGAACACACCUACUCAUUCCAGGGUUUUUCUUUAUUUUUACUAUUUUCUACAUUGUAGAAUAAUAGUGAAGACAUCAAAACGAUGAAAUAACACAUGGAAUCAUGUAGUAACCCAAAAAGUGUUAAACAAAAAUAUAUUUUAUAUUUGAGAUUCUUCAAAUAGCAACCCCUUUGCCUUAAGACAGCUUUGCACACUCUUGGCAUUCUCUCAACCAGCUUCAUGAGGUGGUCACCUGGAAUGCAUUUCAAUUAACAGGUGUGCCUUGUUAAAAGUUAAUUUGUGGAAUUUAUUUCCUUCUUAAUGCGUUUGAGCCAAUCAGUUGUGUUGUGACAAGGUAGGGUUGGUAUACAGAUGCUAGCCCUAAUUGGUAAAAGAACAAGUUCAUAUUAUGGCAAGAACAGCUCAAAUAAGCAAAGAGAAACGACAGUCCAUCAUUACGUUAAGACAUGAAGGUCAGUCAAUACGGAAAAUGUCAAGAACUUUGAAGGUUUCUUCAAGUGCAGUCACAAAAACCACUGGCUCCCAUGAGGACCACCACAGGAAUGGAAGACCCAGAGUUACCUCUGCUGCAGAGGAUAAGUUCAUUAGAGUUACCAGCCUCAGAAAUUCCAGCCAAAAUAAAUGCUUCAGACGUCAGGUAACAGACACAUCUCAACACCAAGUGUUCAGAGGAGACUGCGUGAUUCAGGCCUUCAAGGUCAAAUUGCUGCAAAGAAACCACUACUAAAGGACACCAAUAAUAAGAAGAGACUUGCUUGGGCCAAGAAACACGAGCAAUGGACAUUAGACUGGUGGAAAUCUGUCCUUUGGUCUAAUGAGUCCAAAUUUGAGAUUUUUGGUUCCAAGUUUCUUGGCCCAACUGGUAGAGCACGGCGCUUGUAACGCCAAGGUAGUGGGUUCGAUCCCCGGGACCACCCAUACACAAAAAUGUAUGCACGCAUGACUGUAAGUCGCUUUGGAUAAAAGCGUCUGCUAAAUGGCAUAUUAUUAUUAUUAUAUUAUUAAGUAGGUGAACGGAUGAUCUCUGCAUGUGUGGUUCCCACUGUGAAGCAUGGAGGAGGAGGUGCGAUGAUGUGGGGGUGCUUUGCUGGUGACACUGUCAGUGAUUUAUUUAGAAUUCAAGGCACACUUAACCAGCAUGGCUACCACAGUAUUCUGCAGCAAUACGCCAUCCCAUCUGGUUUGCGCUUAGUGGGACUAUCAUUUGUUUUUCAACAGGACAAUGACCCAACACACUUCCAGGCUGUGUAAGGGCUAUUUUACCAAGAAGGAGAGUGAUGGAGUGCUGCAUCAGAUGACCUGGCCUCCACAAUCCCCCGACCUCAACCCAAUUGAGAUGGUUUGGGAUGAGUUGGACCGCAGAGUGAAGGAAAAGCAGCCAACAAGUUCUCAGCAUAUGUGGGAACUCCUUCAAGACUGUUGGAAAAGCAUUCCAGGUGAAGCUGGUUGAGAGAAUGCCAAGAGUGUGCAAAGCUGUCAUGAAGGCAAAGGGUGGCUAUUUGAAGAAUUUCAAAUCUCGAAUAUAUUUUGAUUUGUUUAACACUUUGUUGGUUACUACAUGAUUCCAUAUGUGUUAUUUCAUAGUUUUGAUGUCUUCACUAUUAGUAUACAAUGUAGAAAAUAGUAUAAAUAAAGAAAAACCCUUGAAUUAUUAGGUGUGUCCAAACCUUUGACUGGUACUGUACAUAGUAAGUAUGGUGUCCAGUAGAGAUCCGUGUUUGAAAGCAGCUUGGAUCAGUGGGAUCUCGCCGUUUGGAACACACGUUUGAAAAACCACGUAAUCAACGAAGCUUCGGACGUCAUUGAUCACGUGAUAAUGUUCAUUUUCAAACGAGCAUCGGUACAUUGUGUCGGAUCAGUAGUGCUUUGAAAACUGCAGGAAAGUAACGUUACUUAGCUAGCUAGCUACCCCACCAGCUGGACUGGUUUUGGAUGGACUGGUUCAAUGGAUCACGUGAUGCAUUAAGGACAAAUUCUACAUGAUGAUGAUUAUGAUAAUGGUGGUGGUCUUAUGAACAGUAGGCUGUAUUACAACAUUUACAUUUUAGUCAUUUUAGCAGACGCUCUUAUCCAGAGCGACUUACAGUUAGCGCAUACAUUAUUUUAUCGAACCCACAACCCUGGCGUUGCAAACGCCAUGCUCUACCAACUGAGCUACAUCCCUGCCGUCCAUUCCCUCCCCUACCCUGGACGACGCUGGGCCAAAUGUGCGCCGCCCCAUGGGUCUCCCGGUCGCGGCCGGCUACAAGCCUGACGAGAGCCAUUACUUUCCAUGGUUGUCAUCAUGAUCACCAACAGUUUCCCCCAUCCAAAGGCCUGUUUGAGGAUGCGAACAUACACUCAGUGGCCAGUUUAUUAGGUACACACAUCUAGUACCGGGUCGGACCCCCCUUUGCCUCCAGAACAGCCGGAAUUCUUCGGGACAUGGAAACGUUGCUCAAUUGGUAUCACGGCACCUAACUUGUGCCAGAAAAACAUUCCCCAAACCAUUACACCACCGUGAUCAGCAUGUACCGUUGAGACCGCCAGGAUGAGGCCAUGGACUCAUGCUGCUUACGCCAAAUCCUGACUCUGCCAUCAGCAUGACGCAACAGGAACUGGAAUUCGUUGGGCCACUCCUCAAUUGUCCAAUGUUUGUGAUCGCGUGCACACUGGAGUCGCUUUUUCUUGUUUUUGCUGAUAGGAGUGGAACCCGGUAUGGUCCUCUGCUGCAAUAGCCCAUCCGUGACAAGGACCGGCGAGUUGUGCCUUCCGAGAUGCCGUUCUGCACACUACUGUUGUACUGCGCCUGUUUGUGGGCCGCCUGUUAGCUUGCAAGCGUCUUGCCAUUCUCCUUCAACCUCUCGUCAAUUAGCUGUUUUCACCCACAGGACUGCUGAUGACUGGAUGUUUUUUGAUUGUUGCACCAUUCUCAGUAAACUAUAGACACUGUUGCGCGUGAAAAGAUACUGGAACUGGCGCGCCUGGCACCGACGAUCAUACCACGCUCAGUCACUUAGGUCACUCGCUUUGCCCAUUCUAACGUUCAAUCGAACAGUAACUGAAUGCCUCGAUGCCUGCUUUUUAUAGCAAGCCACGGCCACGUGACUCACUGUACAUAGGAGCUAACUAUUUGAACAGGGUAGUGUGCCUAAUAAACUGGCCACUGAGUGUAUGUUAAGGCUCAAAUGCAUAGUCCAGUUAUGAUGAGCCAUGUAGAUUUUUGUGUUCCAUAUCAAGGACACUUGAAGAUAUGAAUACAUUGCCAGUGAUGCCAGUUCAGGAUGUCGUCAGGAGACACAGGCCAUGUAGAUGUCCUAACAUGGAGGAUAGAGAAGGGGAGAGUAAGUUCCUGUUGAUUUGUUUCACCUUUUCAGGUUCUGGUCUGCCGUAACUACAGAGGAGAUGUGGACAUGUCAGAGAUUGAGCACUUUAUGCCCAUCCUCAUGGACAGAGAGGAAGAGGGCAAUUUAUCCCCUAUCCUGGCCCACGGAGGGGUCCGCUUCAUGUGGAUCAAACACAACAACCUGUACCGUAUCCUUACUGCCACUCACUCAGCCUCUCACAAAUGUGUUUACAACUACUGCUUCAGUAUUCCUUUGCCUUUCCAAUAUUAGAGCCCCCAAUACGAAUGGGGAAAUUGUACUUAUCUUGCUCUGGGUAAAAGGGAGAGUGAUGAUUGCUUAGGUCAAAUAUACUACUACUCCCUGAGAGCUCACACAAUGGAUAGGAUCACUUCCUGCAAAUUCCACUUUCAGUUCAUUCUCAAACUGACCACUUUUUUCAGGUAGAUAGAAUUCAGCUCAUGUUUGUUUUACUUAUCAGCCCCACAUCAACUUCACCUUAACAUAUUUUCAAUCAGUUGUAGCAACGUCUAAGAAAAAUGCUUGUGUCUCAUUGGUCUUCUCUUUCCUCUACAAAAUUAUUCAGGUGAGUUGCAUAUUUUGUCUAUUUUAUGGUCUAAAAUGGUGUCCAGUAGAGUGUUGACUAUGGAGGGUGAUGAAAAUCGUAGUCUUAUUUGUCCAAUUAUUACCCAUAGGUUAUUAUUACAGAUGAUUAACUGGUAAGAAAUGUGUUAUAGCUAGUCUUUGAAUUAUAUGAAGCACUGCUACCAACUUCAUGAGAAAAUGCAGCGGGGUAACUUUACUCAAGUCUUUUGUCUCUUCAGGUUUUCUCAGAGUAUUUUAAGGAGUUGGAAGAGGAGAGUAUCAGAGAUAACUUUGUCAUAAUCUAUGAGUUGAUGGAUGAGCUGAUGGACUUUGGCUACCCCCAGACUACUGACAGCAAGAUCCUUCAAGAGUGAAUAUCCUAUCCAGCCCUUAAUCAGUCUACAAAACUCUGUACAAACCUAUGUUUAGCUUCCAUUAAACAUUUUCAAAUUCCUCCAAGUUAAAGAUAAGAUACGUAGUGAUCUACAGUACUGUAUGUACCGUAUAUCUUGAAUUUCACCCAAACACCCAGUAUGGCUGCAGACAGACAGUCUCUCUCACUGUUGUCCUAUCCUCUCAACCUGUCCGUCUCUGUUGGUUUGUAGGUACAUCACCCAAGAGGGGCACAAGCUGGACACGGGGGGCCCGCGUCCCCCUGCCACCGUCACCAACGCCGUGUCCUGGAGGUCAGAGGGCAUCAAGUACAGGAAGAACGAAGUCUUCCUGGACGUCAUCGAGUCUGUUAAUCUUCUGGUGAGGCGCCUUGUCACGUCGUGUUCUAACACUCCCCUCUCUCUAAUACAGUCGUGGCUUGCAAUGUUUAUUUUUGUUUAUGACAAAAUGAUUCAGUGUUUUAUUGAGAUACUGUCAACCAUUUGAACUUAGACACAUUUCUGCAAUUGUUGUAAAAGGUCUGAUACUUCUCCCCCUUUUCUCUCGUAUGUGCAGGUCAGUGCGAAUGGUAACGUGCUGCGCAGUGAGAUCGUGGGCUCCAUCAAGAUGCGUGUGUUCCUGUCAGGGAUGCCUGAGCUGCGUCUGGGGCUCAACGACAAAGUUCUCUUUGAGAACACUGGCCGUGAGUUCCUCUGCACUGUUUGUCACUGUGGAUGGGUUACAGUUCAGUUAAAAGACAAAUGCAUGUAGAUUUCAAAGCUGUUUCUGUGUGUAUUUUCAGCCCUGACUUUAUACACUUAGCCUUUUGCUCACAAUUUCCCAUAGACAUCAUUGCAUGAUUUGCAAGAAAGUUGGAGUUGUGUGCACACAUAUCCCAAGUCAGGAUUCAGCUCUUACCUCUAAUCUAUUUCAAUUACAAACAUAGCUUUAAUUUUUCUCAUAACUGUACUUGUACCAAGUCCAAUCCUCUCAUGCCCUCUCCAACUCUCCAUCUUUCUCUGUUGCUGUGCUCAUCACAGGAGGGAAGAGUAAAUCAGUGGAGCUGGAGGACACAAAGUUCCACCAGUGUGUGCGUCUGUCCCGCUUUGAGAAUGACCGCACCAUCUCUUUCAUUCCUCCUGACGGAGAGUUUGAGCUCAUGUCCUACCGCCUCAACACACACGUAUGUACUGUAUCAGAGAAAGGCCAGUUUAAUUGUAUAAGAUGGGCUUGUCAUUAUAGUUCGGUUUUCCGGACAAAGAUUAAGUAUAGUCUUAGACUAAUAAUGGCGAUUUUCCAUUGAAAUGCCUUCAAACCUAUGUUUAAUGGAUAUUCUCCAUGGAAAGGGCUUUAAUAAAUAUUGCUGCGAGCAGCAAUGAACAGGAUUCACAGGAUGACAGAAAGGACACAUGAUCAGUUGGAUAGCAAGCACUCUAUCAUGUUUAUGUGCAAUCAGUGAAAGCACUAUCUCCCUUCAUGUGCAAUCUUCCUUUAUGUGCAGUCAGUGAUAGCAUUACCAUGUUGAUUUAAAUCUGUUGGUACACACCACAUUAGCGUUCCAAAAUACUUCAAUACACUCUCACGACUGUAAUACGCUGACUGCGCAAGUGGCAUGACUUCCGGUUUCUCAUUUUACAGAAUAAAAUAUCCACUUUUCACUACGUUCAGACCACAUAAUAGGACAACAGUGUGAUUAUACAGAUAUACUACUCACAAUAUUUAACAUUGUUUGUCUGCAUCAUUUAAAUCUAACAUUCAUUUGCAUGAGACAAAGUCCACUUGAUCUACAGUUAUUGCUCUAGGAUCCUAUGGUGCCACUGGUGCCAAUGACAUCUGUAGUGCCACCAACUGGUCUGGUGCAACCAUCUAAGGUUGCAGUGACUUUAUAUUCACACAGCUUCUUAUAUUCACACAGACAUAUACAUAAGGUUUACAUUCCAAAUGUAAUUGCCCCAUGUUCAUCGGUUCAGUUCUAGUAGCCAGGGUUUGCCCAUGAUUGAAUCAUCUACAGGGCUUGACAUUAACUUUUUUUGGCACUUGUCCUUUGGACAAGUAGGACAGAUAUUUUUUUGGUACUUGUCUGAAAGCUAGAGUCUGUAACACCAUGGGCCAAAAAAGAUGACUGAAAAUUGUUGUAUGAUGCAAGGAACCACUGCCAAGAGCUGGGUGAUAUAUAAACUCAGCAAAAAAAGAAACGUCCUCUCACUGUCAACUGUGUUUAUUUUCAGCAAACUUAACGUGUAAAUAUUUGUAUGAACAUAAGAUUCAACAACUGAGACAUAAACUGAACAAGUUCCACAGACAUGUGACUAACAUAAAUGGAAUAAUGUGUCCCUGAACAAAGGGGGGGUCAAAAUCAAAAGUAACAGUCAGUAUCUGGUAUGGCCACCAGCUGCAUUAAGUACUGCAGUGCAUCUCCUCCUCAUGGACUGCACCAGAUUUGCCAGUUCUUGCUGUGAGAAGUUACCCCACUCUUCCACCAAGGCACCUGCAAGUUCCCAGACAUUUCUGGGGUGAAUGGCCCUAGCCCUCACCCUCCGAUCCAACAGGUCCCAGACGUGCUCAAUGGGAUUGAGAUCCGGGCUCUUCGCUGGACAUGGCAGAACACUGACAUUCCUGUCUUGCAGGAAAUCACGCACAGAACGAGCAGUAUAGCUGGUGGCAUUGUCAUGCUGGAGGGUCAUGUCAGGAUGAGCCUGCAGGAAGGGUACCACAUGAGGGAGGAGGAUGUCUUCCCUGUAACGCACAGCAUUGAGAUUGCCUGCGAUGACAACAAGCUCAGUCCGAUGAUGCUGUGACACACCGCCCCAGACCAUGACGGACCCUCCACCUCCAAAUCGAUCCCGCUCCAGAGUACAGGCCUCGGUGUAACGCUCAUUCCUUCGACGAUAAACGCGAAUCCGACCAUCACCCCGGGUGAGACAAAACCGUGACUUGUCAGUGAAGAGCACUUUUUGCCAGUCCUGUCUGGUCCAGCGACGGUGGAUUUGUGCCCAUAGGCGACGUUGUUGCCGGUGAUGUCUGGUGAGGACCUGCCUUACAACAGGCCUACAAGCCCUCAGUCCAGCCUCUCUCAGCGUAUUGCGGACAGUCUGAGCACUGAUGGAGGGAUUGUGCGUUCCUGGUGUAACUCGGGCAGUUGUUGUUGCCAUCCUGUACCUGUCCCGCAGGUGUGAUGUUCGGAUAUACCGAUCCUGUGCAGGUGUUGUUACACGUGGUCUGCCACUGCGAGGAUGAUCAGCUGUCCGUCCUGUCUCCCUGUAGCGCUGUCUUAGGCAUCUCACAGUACGGAUAUUGCAAUUUAUUGCCCUGGCCACAUCUGUAGUCCUCAUGCCUCCUUGCAGCACAUUCACGCAGAUGAGCAGGGACCCUGGGCAUCUUUCUUUUGGUGUUUUUCAGAGUCAGUAGAAAGGCCUCUUUAGUGUCCUAAGUUUUCAUAACUGUGACCUUAAUUGCCUACCGUCUGUAAGCUGUUAGUGUCUUAACGACCGUUCCACAGGUGCAUGUUCAUUAAUUGAUUAUGGUUCAUUGAACAAGCAUGGGAAACAGUGUUUAAACCCUUUACAAUGAAGAUCUGUGAAGUUAUUUGGAUUUUUACAAAUUAUCUUUGAAAGACAGGGUCCUGAAAAAGGGACGUUUCUUUUUUUGCUGAGUUUAGUUAGCUUUUAGCGAGUUGAAAAGCACAGCACGUGCGUCAAGUACGGAAAAUGCGUGCUAGACAUCCGGCUAAAACUAAAUGCAUAUGCAUCUAGUGGACAGUAGAAACAUCGGGCAUGAGUGAGAGAGGGCAACGAAACAGGGACAGGGCAGUUACAGAACAUAGGAUAUGACGUUAAUACAUGCUGCUAAUUUCUAAAUAGUUAAAUACCAAGAUAACUAGCCAGACGAGGGUACACAAAAUGUUUUGAAUUGGCAAUGUAGUUAACAUGAUUUAUUUUAUAGGCUAGCUUACCAGCUGAUGCAAUGUCUCCCCCUCUUCUUGAGCAACCGCUUCCUCAAAUUUUCAUGACCACACAAAUCCUGUUUGCUGACCAUAAAAUCAGUUAUAACUGGGAAAGUAACUCACUAACUAGCAUAGAAUAUUGACAAUUGCACGUGUCUACACACGGCUCUAGAUUUGGAUUCUAACCCGCUGGCUCAUGAAGCCCCCAUGAGCUCCCGAGUCUAGAAGCAGUCUAGCUAACAUGUUAGCUAGAUAGCUAAAUGCUAAUUCUGUUUUACAAGAAAACGGCUGAGAUGACUCAAACACUGUAGCUAGCUAGCAAGACCUCCUCUGCGACAAUGUUAUAGGGGCACGGGAAUGUUAGAUUAGUCUUUUAAUUUUAAGUUAACUGUCAUUGAAGUUGGUGGUUACUACUGGUUUCAGAUGGUGACAAAAACUGUCCGCCAUGUUUGGUGUUUUGGUAAGGGCUCGGCGUAACGUCACUCCCCCAAGCCUCAACCAAUCACCCAAAUGAUAUCAAUGACUUUGCCUCCGGAAAGGAUAUUUAGUGACUGGAUAUACUACAGUGAGGGGAAAAAGUAUUUGAUCCCCUGCUGAUUUUGUACGUUUGCCCACUGACAAAGACAUGAUCAGUCUAUAAUUUGAAUGGUAGGUUUAUUUGAACAGUGAGAGACAGAAUAACAACAAAAAAUCCAGAAAAACGCAUGUCAAAAAUGUUCUAAAUAUAUUUGCAUUUUAAUGAGGGAAAUAAGUAAAACAUGACUUAGUACUUGGUGGCAAAACCCUUGUUGGCAAUCACAGAGGUCAGACGUUUCUUGUAGUUGGCCACCAGGUUUGCACACAUCUCAGGGGGGAUUUUGUUCCACUCCUCUUUGCAGAUCUUCUCCAAGUCAUUAAGGUUUUCAGCUCCCUCCACAGAUUUUCUAUGGGAUUAAGGUCUGGAGACUGGCUAGGCCACUCCAGGACCUUAAUGUGCUUCUUCUUGAGCCACUCCUUUGUUGCCUUGGCCGUGUGUUUUGGGUCAUUGUCAUGCUGGAAUACCCAUCCACGACCCAUUUUCAAUGCCCUGGCUGAGGGAAGGAGGUUCUCACCCAAGAUUUGACGGUACAUGGCCCCGUCCAUCGUCCCUUUGAUGCGGUGAAGUUGUCCUGUCCCCUUAGCAGAAAAACACCCCCAAAGCAUAAUGUUUCCACCUUCAUGUUUGACGGUGGGUAUGGUGUUCUUGGGGUCAUAGGCAGCAUUCUUCCUCCUCCAAACACGGCGAGUUGAGUUGAUGCCAAAGAGCUCGAUUUUGGUCUCAUCUGACUACAACACUUUCACCCAGUUCUCCUCUGAAUCAUUCAGUUGUUCAUUGGCAAACUUCAGACGGCCCUGUAUAUGUGCUUUCUUGAGCAGGGGGAUCUUGCGGGCGCUGCAGGAUUUCAGUCCUUCACGGCGUAGUGUGUUACCAAUUGUUUUCUUGGUGACUAUGGUCCCAGCUGCCUUGAGAUCAUUGACAAGAUCCUCCCGUGUAGUUCUGGGCUGAUUCCUCACCGUUCUCAUGAUCAUUGCAACUCCACGAGGUGAGAUCUUGCAUGGAGCCCCAGGCCGAGGGAGAUUGACAGUUCUUUUGUGUUUCUUCCAUUUGCGAAUAAUCGCAGCAACUCUUCGCACCAAGGUGCUUGGCAAUGGUCUUGUAGCCCAUUCCAGCCUUGUGUAGGUCUACAAUCUUGUCCCUGACAUCCUUGGAGAGCUCUUUGGUCUUGGCCAUGGUGGAGAGUUUGGAAUCUGAUUGAUUGAUUGCUUCUGUGGACAGGUGUCUUUUAUACAGGUAACGAGCUGAGAUUAGGAGCACACUCUUAAAGGGAGUGCUCCUAAUCUCAGCUUGUUACCUGUAUAAAAGACACCUGGGAGCCAGAAAUCUUUCUGAUUGAGAGGGGGUCAAAUACUUAUUUCCCUCAUUAAAAUGCAAAUCAAUUUAUAACAUUUUUGACAUGCGUUUUUCUGGAUUUUUUUGUUAUUCUGUCUCACUGUUCAAAUAAACCUACCAUUAAAAGUAUAGACUGAUCAUUUCUUUGUCAGUGGGCAAACGUACAAAAUCAGCAGUGGAUCAAAUACUUUUUUCCCUCACUGUAUAACCAUACAUCACAGAGCAAUGAGCCAGAUAUUUCACUGGAUAUAUAAAUGUGAAGCAUCCUGGUUGGCGUUUCCACUCAAUACCAAAUAUGGUGAUGAGAGGAAGCCCAGUGGCCGGCAGUUGGAGAAGCGAAAUGGAUUUUGGCAAACAUUCUGCAAAUUCUUUUCAUUGAUUUAAACAUUUCAUCUCCAUAGAGUAUUCUGUUUCCAAAACUAGAAUCUGUAACAAACAGUGGACUGCGUUUUGUAGACUUUACCCUUUGCCAAAGUUUCACAAUUUUUCAUUGUUUAUGAGUGCAAGGGCGAAUUGAGUUAUUGCACACUUCACAGAGUAGGCAUUCCCUAAUGGAAAUAUGCAAAUAAAUGCUAGAACGUGCCAAUAGGAUCUCACUAGCUCGUGUUGGCUCUGCCCACCUCCUUGCUUGUUCUUGGCUCUGCCCACUAUAAUUAAUUUGCUCCCGUUGGAAACAACAGGCUUUGGUCUAUCUUGGGUUAGUUAUAAAAAUCUCCCAACAAUGUAUGUCAAGAUAAAAAACUAACAAAAAAAAGGUUCCUUAUUAUUUAAGAUAUCAAUGCCAAACCUAACAUGGUUCAUCAUGGUAAUGUAUUCGAUAAAGUUAAGUUGAUAGGCCAUUGUGAAGUGGAUUUACCAAGGAUUUAAAUGGACACGUAAAAUCUGAUUUCCUGAUUUAACAAUAACUCAGCCAUCUCUUAACCAAUCCCGUAGCUCUUCUCAAACUAAGUUAAGCGAUGUACCAUGGGCAUGCAUACCAGUGUUAUUUGGAUGGAAGAAAAUCUAUCCUGAUGGACCUUAUGGGCCCUUGAGGCAAAAUUGUUUCAGCAUAAGAAAAGACACCUACAUACAAAGUUUCAAGUCUCUAGGUCAAUGAGGAUAGUGGAUAUGAGGGUUUAAGUGAGAUUGCUUAUAACGGCGCCACCUAUAGGCCAAUCGGUGCCAUUCUUUUUGACCAAGUUACUCAUGGCCUCUAGUUUCUGUGUGCCAAAUUAGAUUUUUUUCAUGCUUGAGUUAUUUGACCAUCUAAGAAUAACCCCUCAUAAUAACUUUAUUUUUAUAGUGCUUUUCAAUACAAGUAACAGUGCUUCACAUCAUAAAAUACAAGUAUUAACAAAGACUAGAGGAAGGAGAAUGAAAAAAGAUAGCUAAUUAAACUCAUACAUUGAAAUCAUACAUUAAAAGCAUCUUUAUAAAAGUGUGUCUUCAGCAGGGAUUUUAAGCUAGUUUUUUGGUCAACCCAACCAAAUUCACAUAGAAAUGUGAGUUAGAUCUUUCAUUCCCGAGUGGCGCAGUGGUCUAAGGCACUGCAUCUCAGUGUUUGAGGCGUCACUACAGACCCCCUGGUUCGAUUCCAGGCUGUAUCACAACCGGCCGUGAUUGGGAGUCCCAUAGGGCGGCGCACAAUUGGCCCAGCGUUGUCCGGGUUUGGCCGGUGUAGGCCGUCAUUGUAAAUAAGAAUUUGUUCUUAACUGACUUGCCUAGUUAAAUAAAGGUAAAAUAAAAAAUUUAGUCCCGUUGAAAGCAAGUCUACAAAGCGGUAGGUAUUUUCUAUGUGUGCUAUUUCUAUGCUUCCCAUUCUGAAGUUUUGGUUUUGCAUCUUUUACUUUUGGGUUUGUACACCAACUUCAAACGCAACAUGUAAAGUGUUGGUCCCAUGUUUCAUGAUCUGAUUGAUAUAAAAGAUCCCAGAAAUGUUCCAUACGCAAAAAAAAUAUUUCUCAAAUUGUGCACCAUUUUUUUUAUAUACCUGUUAGUGAGCAUUUCUCCUUUGCCAAGAUAAUCCAUCCACCUGACAGGUGUGGCAUAUCAAGAAGCUGGUUAAACAGCAUGAUCAUUGCACAGGUGCACCUUGGGCUGGGGACAAUAAAAGGCCACUCUAUAAUGUGCGGUUUUGUCACGCAACACAAUGCCACAGAUGUCUCAAGUUUUGAGAGAACGUGCAAUUGGCAUGCUGACUGCAGGAAUGUCCACCAGAGCUGUUGCCAGAGAAUUGAAUGUUCAUUUCUCUACCAUAAGCCGCCUCCAACGUUGUUUUAGAGAAUUUGGCAGUACGUCCAACCGGCCUCACAACCACAGACCAUGUGUAUGGCAUCGUGUGGGUGAGCGGUUUGCCGACGUCAACGUUAUGAAUAGAGUGCCCCAUGGUGGCGAUGGGGUUAUGGUAUGGGCAGGCAUAAGCUACGGACAACAAAUACAAUUGCAUUUUAUUGAUGGCAAUUUGAAUGCACAAAACUACAGUGACGAGAAACUGAGGCCCAUUUUUUUUUUUUUACAGAUGCAUAUCUGUUUUCCCAGUCAUGUAAAAUCCAUAGAUUAGGGCCUAAUGAAUUUAUUUCAAUUGACUGAUUUCCACAUAUGAACUGUAACUCAGUAAAAUCAAUUAAAUUGUUGCAUGUUGCGUUUAUUUUUGUUUACUAUACAAUAUUUUUAGUUAUGGAAAAUGUAUUUCACAGUGGUUUAGAUGGUACAAUGAUUCUCUACACAAUGACUGCUUGUUUUUUCACAAACUAAAAUUAGGCGUACUAUUAUAAUUUUAGCAACCAGGAAAUGGCGGCGUAAUUUCGGCAUAUUGCACCUUUAAAGAGUCUCUGAAUCUGCAAGCCCAUGUUGUUUAUGGAUAUUCUCCAUUCAAAGGGCUUCAAACCCCUGUUUAAUGGAGAUUAUCCAUUGAAAUGUCUUCUCAGUCCAAGACUAAGCUUUAUAUCUGUCCGGGAAACCGCCCUUUUGGGAUGCGCAUGCCAUUAGAAGUGUUCAAGUAAAAGUUGAAAUCCUUACUUGGUGAAACUGCCACAUCCAUUUUGCGAUUAUUACAACAACAAAGAAGUUACUUCGAACAACGAAUACAGUUUUCUUCCCUCGGACAUCAUUGCAUAUCAUCGCAUGCGCGAUAGAACAGCAGAGUAUGUACUUUUUUUUUGCUACGAUGCUGGAUGCUCCUCUCAUCCGUUUCAUCAACUAAAACAAUAAUAAAUGCGCUGGUGUAAACAGUGGCACUGUUUCAUCUUAUGUAGAUUGCAGCUUUACGGUAUUAGUAAAAUUUUUUAUGCAUAUGAGAUUGUGACAUCAUGACAUGCAUGUAUGAGAAAGACGUGUCAAAGCAGAAAUUACACUUUUGUUGUAUUGAUGAGGAGUUGUUUUUUUAAGCCUUUGAAAUGUGUUGUCCCCAGGUGAAGCCCCUGAUCUGGAUAGAGUCUGUGAUAGAGAAACACUCCCACAGCAGGAUCGAGUACAUGAUCAAGGUAAACACCAGCCCUGUAACGUUACCCAGCAGCUAAGAUAACAGUAUGCUUUGGUAUCAAAUCAAUAGUUAACCACGAAGCUAUCAUAAACACUAUAAGCAUGAUCUUCUGAAAUACAAUAUAUUGAUCUCUCACUCACUCACUCACUCACUCACUCAGGCUAAAAGUCAGUUCAAGAGGCGGUCCACGGCCAACAACGUGGAGAUCCACAUUCCAGUUCCCACAGACGCCGACUCGCCCAAGUUCAAGACCACGGUGGGCAGUGUCAAGUGGAUCCCAGAGAACAGCGAGGUCGUCUGGUCCAUUAAGUCAUUCCCGGUGAGUACAACAACACACUGGACUGCAUGCUACAGUAAACCAUAGUUCUCAAAGUGGGGUUCUUUAAGUGAUUGAACAUCAUAACCAGAAAUAAAGAUCUCAAGUGUCACUUCAACUAACCUGGAUCAUUUUAUGUAAAAAGAAACAACACCACAAUCCUAACUCUUGCUCUGUUUCAUCUUGUCCCAGGGGGGUAAGGAGUAUCUGAUGAGAGCCCACUUCGGUCUGCCCAGUGUGGAAGCAGAGGACAAGGAGGGGAAGCCCCCCAUCAGUGUCAAGUUUGAGAUCCCCUACUUCACUACUUCUGGCAUCCAGGUAAGAUGCCGUCCUCACUGCAGUACCUAUUCUAUCCACCAGGUGUCUCUUGUUGCUUUUAGUAGUGGGACACUGGAAAUCAUUCUAACACAUGAUGGAGCUAUUAUAACACAUAUGAGGUCUGGCUGUUCAAGCUGAGACCUGAGGUUUGCCUGGUUUGGUGAGCCUGGUUUGCUGUUCGGGGACUGGUGCUAUUUGUAUAUGGCAUUUUGACGACAGACUGUAUGACAGGCACACUGUCAGUCAACACAGGUAGAACAACAUCCCUUCAUCAUAGCGUUUGCCUGGUGGGUCUCUGUCAAAGAUGUGGGUCUCUCUGUUACAAAGCUACACUGGAGAGCUUAGGAGUUGAUAAGUUGCACUCUUUCUGGGAAACAGCAUCAGGCAAUUGCCAAUUUUUUAAAAUAAUAAACGAUGCACACACUCACUGCUUUUAGGACUCUAAAUUGCCUUGUUUUGACCAUAAUACUGUGACAUAAUGGUCAAAAGCUUGUAGAUGGGAUGGUUAAGCGAAGAACAAUUAGGAGCACAGUACAGUGUGCAGGUCCUUGUUGUUCUGGGUCAAUGUCAUUCUCUGUGGGUCCCCUGAUAUAUUCAAUCAACCUCCAUAUCUGCCACCAGGGAAACGACAUCAUAGCCCAGAGAAUCAAAGGAAUGCCUUUUCAUUGGCUCAGAGGGAGUUCUCUCACCUCAUGUCUUUGUAUGCCCUCAGAACAGCCUAAAUUCGUCAGGGCAUGGACUCUAAAAGGUGUCAAGCAUUUCACAAGGAUGUUGGCCAAUGUUGACUCCAAUGCUUCCCACAGUUGUUGUGACAUAUUUCAGGGGAAGAAAAACAUCACCAAAUUCACUGGGAAUACUUGACAUAGGAUGAAGAAGCAAUACUCUGAGCCGCACCUCUAUACUACUUGUCAGACAUAGAUAACUGAUACUAUAUACUCGUUGCUGGGGUGUGGUGGGUCAGUGGGUUGCUUUUGACCAUUUCUUUGGAUUCCUCAUGUCUAACUCAUUGUUAGAAAAAGGUUUAGUCAAAAUCUGAUGUUAGGGUCUAUAUUUAUUGAAUAUGAUAUGAAUCCGAUAAAUUAAAAUGGCCAAUUUGGGUGCAAUCAAUUAGCUUAAUUUCUCAGUUCCAAUUCUAUUUCAACAAAAUAAUGUUGCAGUUAUGCUAAUCUUAUGUUUCUAGCAACAGAAACAAUUUCAGAACAAUCUGAGAUGGUGGGUGUCAAACCUAUUGUGCUUUUUGAGGUGGAAUGACCCAUAUCGAUGUUCUGCAAUACAUUCAAUAACAGCAUCCCACACAGAAUUGAGGCAGAGGUUUAAAUUACACUUUGCUUGAAUUUCUCUGGAAAUCAGGAAGUUUUGGCACUAAUGGGAAAUGAGGGAUUGUGUAAUGAAAUCAAGCGACAGAGAUAUUGACAGUGUUUUCCUGUUAUGUUCUAUCAGAGAACGGUCACUGAAAGGUUUCAUCAUCACUCCAAGAUGCUCUCGUUAACAUAGCCACAUGUAGGUCUACUUAACCCCAGUAAUGGCACCUUGAGGAAAGAGUUGCUUGUAAAUCGCAGCUCCUCAACACACUCAACCAGAGAUCAAUGGAGCCAUCAUCAGAGAGAUGCCACUAUUAGCUGCUGGAAGAUACUAUUUAGGGAGUUUGAUUGAGCUACUGUAUUUUGUGGCUCUGGCUGACCCCAAGGCCGCUUCGCUGGUGUUCCAGGUCCUCUUGAAUUGUGCAGUGCCUCUGUGGUAGCUCCAACGGAGCCCACCGCACCGCACGCCACCAAGGAUCUCUGCUAGCAUGGAGGGAACAUUUAGGCAGCCUGAACUUAUUACAGAGAGUAUGCCAUUUACUACUCACUACUGUGUCUGUGUGUCUGUGUGUCUGUGUGUGUGUGUGUGUGUGUGUGUGUGUGUGUGUGUGUCUGGCAGGGUUUCCGUUAGCCAGUAAUAACCGACAAAAAAAAAAAAAACAUCCAAGAAAAGCCGAUAAAUAAAAAUGGCUUCGGCCAAUUGUCCAGGAGAAGAAAACAUGCAUUUUAGCCUACUCAUUGAUUGAAAUACCUGUCAAUGUAGCGCGAGAGCUGCUGCUACAGCUCCAUCAAACAGCUUGUUAGUUGCUGCUGGUGUGAAAGAUGCUUUUAUAAGCCCAAUCAUUGCUCAACAAUUGUAAAUGCAAUCGUGUGUUCAAAAACAGUUUUGAUGGCCACGAUUAAAAAAUAGCAACUCUUUUUAUUUCUCAACUGCUAAUUGAAGCACCAUUUAAGUGCAACUAGGCAGGCUUCAGCACAUCAAACACCACUUUGCAAUGAGCUGGAGGCAGUAUGCAUUUUGAAAACCUAUAGGCCUACUUCAUUGUUUGAAACAUGAACGUUUUACUACAUAUUUUAGGUAUUUUAUUAGGAUCCCCAUUAGCUGUUGCAAAAGCAGCAGGCUGAAUCUUCCUGGGGUCCACACAAACAUGAAACAUGACAUAAUACAGAACAUUAAUAGACAAGAACAGCUCAAGACAGAACUACAAGCAUUUUUUAAAAAGGCACACGUAGCCUACAUAUCAAUACAUACACACAAACUAUCUAGGUCAAAUAGGGGAGAGGCGUUGUGCCGUGAGGUGUUGCUUUAUCUGUUUUUUGAAACCAGGUUUGCUGUUUAUUUGAGCAAUAUGAGAUGGAACGGAGUUCCAUACAAUAAUGGAUCUAUAUAAUUCUGUACUUUCUUUAAUUUGUUCUGUAUUUGGGGACUGUGAAAAGACCCCUGGUGGCAUGUCUGGUGGUGUAAGUGUGUGUGUCAGAGCUGACUAUGCAAACAAUUUGGGAUUUUCUUAUAAAAAGAAGAAGUAAUGCAGUUUCUCCUCAACUCUUAUCCAAGAGAGACUGGCAUGCAUAGUAUUUAUAUCAGCCCUAUGAUUACAAUGAAGAGCAAGACGUGCCGCUCUGUUUUGGGCCAGCUGCAGCUUAACUAGGUCUUUCCUUGCAGCACUGGACCACACGACUGGACAAUGAUCAAGAUUAGACAAAACUAGAGCCUGCAGAACUUGCUUUUUGGAGUGUGGUGUCAAAAAAGCAGAGCAUCUCUUUAUUACGGACAGACCUCUCCCCAUCUUUACAUCCAUUGAAUCUAUAUGUUUUGACCAUGAUAGUUUACAAUCUAAGGUAACGCCAAGUAAUUUAGUCUCCUCAACUUGGUCAACAGCCACACCAUUCAUUACCAGAUUCAGCUGAGGUCUAGAACUUAGGGAAUGAUUUGUACCAAAUACAAUGCUUUUCGAUUUAGAGAUGUUCAGGACCAGUUUAUUAGUGGCCACCCAUUCCAAAACAGACUGCAACUCUUUGUUAAGGGUUUCAGUGACUUCAUUAGCUGUGGUUGCUGAUGCGUAUAUGGUUGAAUCAUCAGCAUACAUGGACACACAUGCUUUGUUUAAUGCCAGUGGCAGGUCAUUGGUAAACAUAGAAAAGAGUAGAGGGCCUAGAGAGCUGCCCUGUGGUACACCACACUUGACAUGUUUGACAUUAGAGAAGCUUCCAUUAAAGAAAACCCUUUUGAGUUCUAUUAGAUAGAUAGCUCUGAAUCCACGAUAUGGCAGAGGUUGAAAAGCCAUAACACAAGUUUUUUCAACAACAGGUUAUGGUCAAUAAUAUCAAAGGCUGCACUGAAAUCUAACAGUACAGCUCCCACAAUCUUCUUAUCAAUUUAUUUCAACCAAUCAUCAGUCAUUUGUGUCAGUGCAGUACAUGUUGAGUGCCCUUCCCUAUAAGCAAUGCUUUUCUUUCAUAAUUGUUUUUUUUUAAUGCAUGAAUGCGAUGGCUCACUGUUCAUUGUUGGCAUUUCCUGCCUAAGUUUGCCCACUUUGCCAAUGAAGUAAUCAUUAAAAUAAUUGGCAACAUCAUAUGAGGCAUGUCUUACCUUGCUUCAAAGUAGCCUAGCCAAAAUCCAACCAAACGUGCAAGUAAUUAUUUUAUAAAGACUUCCAUAUGCCAUUGAAACCAGUAGCCUAUUCUCUCAUGUCCUAUUGGUUUUCAAAUGUCUUUCAUUGUCCAGUAGCCAAAGGCACAAUCCUAGUCAUAUUAGCAUCCCAUGCUAGUUGUUGCAUCUUUAUCUGCCCUCUUUCUACAUUUCUACAUAUUUUCAUCUGUCUCAUGAAACCGCUCACAUGUGUGGUGCGCUUUUGACAACAAGUGCAUUAUGGAAUGAACAUUCGCGAGUACCUACUGCCUUGUGUGCAUUGCUGUGCUUAUAAUGAGAAUAAAUAAUAUACUGAACAAAAAUAUAAACGCAACAUGUGAAGUGUUGGUCCCAUGUUUCAUGAGCUGAAAUAAAAGAUCCCCAAAAAUGUCCAUACGCACAAAAAGCUUAUCUCUCAAAUUUUGUGUACAUAUUUGUUUACAUCCCAGUUAGUGAGGAUUUCUCCUUUGCCAAGAUAAUCAAUCCACCUGUCAGGUGUGGCAUAUCAAUAAGCUGAUUAAACAGCAUGAUCAUUAUACAGGUGCACCUUGUGCUGGGGACAAUAAAAGGCUGCUCUAAAAUGUGCAGUUUUGUCACAUAACACAAUGCCACAGAUGUCUCAAGUUUUGAGGGAGCGUGCAAUUGGCAUGUCCACCAGAGUUGUUGCCAGAGAGUUGAAUGUUAAUUUCUCUACCAUAAGCUGCCUCCAACGUCAUUUCAGAGAAUUUGGCAGUAUGUCCAACCAGCCUCCCAACCGCAGACCACGUGUAACCACGCCAGCCCAGGACCUCGACAUCCGGCUUCUUCACUUGCGGAAUUGUCUGAGACCAGCCACUCGGGACAGCUGAUGAAAUACUGUAAUAAAGCCCUUUUGUAGGGAAAAACGUAUUCUGAUUGGCUGGGCCUGGCUCCCCAGUGGGUGGGCCUUAGCCCACCCAUGGCUGCGCCCCUGCCCAAUCAUGUGAAAUCUAUAGAUUAGGGUCAAAUUAAUUUAUUUCAAUUGACUGAUUUCCUUACAUAAAGUUUAAGUCAGUAAAAUUGUUGCAUGUUGCGUUUUUUAAAAUUUUUGUUCAGUAUAGUUUAUCAACAUUUUAAGCUAAAUGUUCUGAUCUGUUGUAUGAGCCUCAUUGCUUUUUAAUGUUUUUUCGAUGUAGCCUAGGCCUGCUGGUUGUAUGAAUUUGUGAUAUAUCAUCCGACAACUCCCAGAGUCUGUUUUGGAAUACGCUAUUUAUUUCUCACACAGAACGACAAGCUGAGCAAUAGAAUAGGUGAACUUUUCUACUGUGGAGGAUAGUAGAUUGACAUAGGCUUGUGAUUUUGCUGUUCAAUACUCUUGUUGUUGACUGUGGAAAAGUAAAUGUGGACCGUUAUUCUAACAUUUCAAAUUGGCAUCGGAAUUCGGUAAGAAGGACGCACACCGUUGCAUCCUCGAGAAUUAGGCCUACCCUUAUCUACAUGUGAUUUCAGUCAUUCUGAGCACCGUGGAUGGACGCCCUAAUCAGUUUACGCAUCCAAUGCAUAUGGGUCCGGUAAAUUUCUUAAAUGUCUGCGAAAUUAAAAUGCUGCCGGUCAAAUGUCCGGCACCACAUUUUCCUAACGGAAACCCUGGUGUGUGGGCGUAUGUAUGCGUGCCUCUGCGUGUGUGUGCGACUGUGCGUGCUCACUCUCUCCACGCUCCCUUGUCUCUCGGACACGACACACGGCACCAGAAAAAAAAAAAGAGGAGCCACGUCAUCAGCUCCUUAAUUAGACAGUGUGGUAUAUCAGAGCGUAUCAAAGUGGUGUUUAACCCCACCGCCAGCCUUGCCAGACGUACAGGCAGAUGCGCAUCAAGCACCCCAGCCAUAUCCCAUCUGAGGUAGAAAAGGGAAGUUUACCACCAGAGUGGUUGGACUGCUGUAGAGGUGGGGGCUGCAGUUUUUCUUUAUAGCCUGCUGAUGGUAGGGGGGGGAAACCACAUCAGGGCUCAUCUGUCCCCCUCCAGGGGAUAAUUAUAGCCAGGUUCCCCCUCCCCUCAGACACAGUGGUGUGACCCACCAGCCCCUCAGAGAUGUACUCCAUAUAGGCCUAGUCAACCACCAGAAUAGAACGCACGGCUAACUGCCAGUACUCAUGUACUAUAACAUUUACACGAAAUAUAUCAUAGUCCAUAUCAUGUUUGUACUGUGUAUGAAAAUAAAAACGUUAUUUGGCACAGACAUCAUCACAGAUAUCCUGAAAAGUAGAUAUUACGGUGUGGUACCAACUUCACGUACCCAAGAAAGCGAUCGAUGGAUGUGCCUUAGCUGUAUGUUUUGUAUGCAGAUGAUGAUUUGAUCUUAAUUUGAUGUAAAAGUUGUUCCUGUUAUAAAUAGCAAUGAUCGGACAUCUAUCAGUAGGUAGUAGAGCUGUCAUGUAGGCCUAGUUGUUUCAAAGAAGAACUUCAAAAACAAGUUAUUUAUUGGACCAUGGUUGACAGAUUCAGUGCCUUUCAGCUUGAGCAUUAAUUGAAGCUCUUUCCUCAUGCUGGUCAAAUCAAAGAGCUGUUGAAAUGGUAAAUGAUCUAACAGAUAGCCUGGAGAAACCGCUUAUAAAUAACUACUGUCUCUGUUUUCACAUUCUGAACCAUCUCAGAGAAAUCCUUGAAGACUGAGGACACAUUCAUCCCCAAGCUAAAUAUGCUAUAUUUCAAGUGGGUGUCCUUGAAAUAUGGCAUAUUUAGCUUGGUCCAAAUGUGUCUGAAACUUUGGACUGAAUGUGUGAAAAAUGUUGCCAAAUCGUGCCUGCUUUGGUCUUACUGUAGUUUAUAACAACAAACAUCUAAAUUUGUAAGGCACCAGACAACUUAGACAUAGAGUAUAGUAGGCUACACCUCGAUUUAGCUGCUUUUUAUUACAGAAUCACAUCAGCCAACCUUGUUACUGUCUGUGACUAACUGGUAGUGUAGGAAUAAGAAGCUACCAAUUUCACCACAGGCCGUGUAGAGUUGUAGACAGGUCAACUAAUGUUGGAGACUUCCGAAGGAGAAUAAGGCUUUGUCCUUGUUUCACCCGGUGGGUACUAUUCCUGUAUCUCUGGCUAUUUCUCACUAUGACUCUUGUUAACUAAAACUUUAGAAACUAUGAAAUAUUAGUUAAGUUCAACUUUGAAUAGGCUCAGUUAGCGUAUCACAUUUAGGCAAGAUGAGACUAAAGGUUAGCGUGAUUCUUGUUGAGAAAAGUAUGAAUGUAUCAAUAUAGGCCAGAGGUUUUGGAAAUGUUCUACAAAUACGUCAUUCAUAAUCUUUAUUGCUGUGUAGGUCUAUGUAUGAGGUGGUAGCACAAUUGAGGUUAGUUAGGGACACUGUCAAAGUGAUAACCACCAGGCCUUUCUGAUUCGGCCUUGUAGGCUUGCUUUAACCUGCUAGCGCUCCUGUUCUGCCAAUGACAACCACUGGACCUGACUGAUGUUAGCUUUGACAUGCCAGCACUGAGAUCCUCCUGUUCUCACAAUGAGAAGAGCCUCCACUGUCUAGACUGCAGACGCACACACGGAGGCACUCACACACACACACCGCUCUGAGACAGUUCAGAUAGUCCUCCCACAUGCAUAUAGACCUAUUCAUUUCGCAUUGUAUAUCGGUCGUGUGAUCUGCCUCGAACACCCUUUUAGAUCUUAAAUUACACAUGGAAUUGGCGUUGUGCGCAAAUGGGAGGAGAUUUACAGCUCACAGUCCAAAUACAGCACUAGUCUGACAUGGAUAAUGUCAAGUCAGCAGACAGAUUUACCUCGGUGGAGUAAAUUAUGUGUUUGUAUCCUACUAGGUUACCUUUGCACCAGUAUGUGGGAUUACAGCCUUUUCAUAGAGGAAUGCAGCAGCUCCCUCUCUAGCUGUUCUGGUAUUUUGGGGUAUUUUAUUAGGAUCCCCGUUAGCUGUUGCAAAAGCAGCAGCUACUCUUCCUGGGGUCCACACAAAACAUGACGUAAUACCGAACAUUAAUAGUCAAGAACAGCUCAAGGACAGAACUACAUCAAUUGUUUCUUUGUUGCCUGUUAUGAGACAAAUGAACCUUGUGUGUCUUGGAGGCAGGUUGCAUCCUAGUACUAGCAGUGUUCACACCUUUCUGAGAGGAAGAUAAAAUAUUUGUUUUGGGCGGCCGACUGCACGCCUGUUGCAUCUUCAUCAGGACCCCCAGACAGAUCAGACCUAGAUGUGCUCGUUGAGGAGCCUAUAAGGGCCGGUGAUGUCCUGUAAGUAGCUUGGGUUUCUUCGUUACGGCCCAGUUAUGAUUGAUGGUACCCUUGGUGUAAAGUGUUUCACUCCCUAAUGCAAAAACUAUUAUCUUCCCCAUAUGGUGUUGAUAAAAAGCUCAGAAUUUAUGUGAAGACAGCUGGGCUGCGGUGUGGUGUGCUGAGGCCAUUUACACAUUGUCAAAUCUGCCUGUCAGUGUAAUUCUCUGGGCCAUUAUUGCAAGUGUUUUAUCUUGGGGAAGAUUUAAGACCUAAUCCCCCCCACUCUCUUUCUGAUAGAAUCUCUGAAUGCCUCAAGGUGCUCCUCGUUUCAAUGAGAGCCCGGCCAUGAAACAAUGGGGAACUGUUUUAUGAUGGGGGAAUAUGAAGCUCAAUUCAAUGAUAAGACCACCACGAAGAUAAGCAUAUUAAAGGGAUACUUCUGGUUUUUGACAAUAAAGCCCUUUAUCUACUUCCCCAGAGUCCGAUGAACUCAUGGAUGGCAUUUGUAUGUCUUUGCAUCCAGUAUGAAGGAAGUUGGAGGUAGUUUUGCGAGACAAUGCCAACUAGCUUUAGCGCAAUGACUGAAAAUCUAUGGUAUCUUCCUUCAAACUGCACGCAGAGACAUAAAAAUGGUGUCCACAAGGUCAUCUGACUCUGGGGAAGUGGAUAAAAGUCUUAAUUGGAACAGUUAGCCCACUCCACCCCGCCCCCAUGGUAUGGCUCGAUUUGGUAAAUUCUUUAUGUAAUAUUAUGCAAUAUUUGUGCCCUUGGUAGAUCUUAUUCAAUAGGUUGUAGUUUGACAAGAAGGGCAAGUGAAGAAUUGAUGAAAGUUCACAUAGGAUUGGGAAGUGCCAGUUCCCCACUUUGUAUUAAUAAUGAAAAGUUUCUUAACCACUUCUUCAUACCAGCUUGUUUCUCGAAUGUGAGAAAAGUUCUCAUCUGUAGACAUUGACUUGUGUUGCAGCCAGGGCGUAUUUGACCUUUAUGGUUGUUGCCUGAAACGUGGCAUUGUUAAAGUUAGUAUUUAAGUGAAUAUAAAAAUAAAAUCACCCUGGUAAAAACAAUGCAGUAUCAUAUACAGUACACCCGAUUUUGUUAUAUUCAUUAUAGUGUACUUUACAUUGAAAACAGAUUCUGCAAACAGGCUCAUAAUGUGAGUUCGACCCCCCCCUCCUCACUUGAAUCACUGUUUGCUCUCAGUGUGAUGAAAGACAUUGUUUUGUGAUAACGUUUGCUCACUCUUGUUUUUAGGUGCGCUACCUGAAGAUCAUUGAGAAGAGUGGCUACCAGGCUCUGCCAUGGGUUCGAUACAUCACACAGAACGGGGGUAAGGCUGAAUAA